GCCGGUGUUGAAAGUAACUGAAUUCACAGUGAGCCAUCUCAGUAAAUCAUUGACUUCACCCGACACCCCGAGCCCUCAUGCAUGCAUGAAAUGACCAACAGUUGUUAAGAUAAGAUAAGAUAAUCCUUUAUUAACUGGGAAAUUACAGUGUUACAGCAGCAAACUGGAUAUGGAGGGUGCAAAGCAUGCAGGGAUAAAGGAAGGAUGAGUAUUCCAAAAGAAGAAAUACACAGUGCAGAGAGUAGAGAGUAAAGUUAAUCCUUCAUGCAUCUGCAGAAACCCUGUGAUCUGCAUGCAGUAUUUACUCAGAGGCUACACAUGCUUAAUACUGUAGUAUUCAGAUUGAUAUACUCCAUCAGUAAGUCUUAUUGUUUCCCCACCCUGAUGAUGCUGUGAUCGUAAAAUCUUAAAUGUGUAUAACAAAUUAGGACACACUCUUCUGUUUAUGUAUUUACUGCUGAGGACCACUAGGGGUCACCAUUCUGACAUCAAUGGCACCAAGCGCAGUCGCAGUACGUAGUCUGUACAUGAUCAACUUUAUCCUGCAGGAGACUUGCAUCUUAUAAGCUCUAAGGCAUGUGUCCUCACACAAACACAGAUUUUUAAACUAUUUAAUAUUAAUAUUUGGGCUUAGCUGAGCGUCACUUUAAUUCAGUGAAAUACCUUUCUGUGCAGACGGACAGUCUUUAAGCGUUUGGUGAUCCUCUGACCUUGUGCACCACUGUGGGUCAAUGACUCGACCCCAGUUUUAGUAGAACCUUUGGACACAGAUAUCUCACCCCCCAAGACUCUCUUGCAUGCCUCUCUCUCUUGCUCUCUCUCUCUGUCUCUCUGUCCCUGUCUCGGCGGUGUCCCCACCCCCCACACCCCUCCAGCUGCUGGCUCAGAGGGACGGGUGGAGUGCAGUGCAGCGCUGAUUCGACUUCCAGUCUCUCGUGGCUCAAAUCCUGCUGAGACACCAAUAGCUUAAGCCCUCAGAAAUCCGAAGCACUCGUGUUGCUUUCUGGGACACCUGAAAUGUUGGACUGCGGGGAUGUCGGAGGACGUGUGCUUUGGAGAAACUGGGAAAAUUUACUGACUUCGUUUUGAAUUGAUUUGUUUCCUGGUAUUUGACUUUUUAGCCAGCGUUAAAAUUGGUUGGUUGUGACAUAUUUGAAAGCACCCUGUGAAAGUGGAUCCACUGACUUGAGGAUUUGUCACUUCAGGAAAAUCAAACAGUUUUCUUUGUAAACGUGGAAAUAAUUCACACAAAAUGGCAAGAGAACAACCUCUUUUUAACAUUUUUUUUUAACAUCUAAUUUUGGGAUUUCUCUUUGGACGAAAGUGGACAUGUGCGUGAUGAAGGCAUUAGGAGUGUGUGCUGUACACAAGUCUGCAUGUUUGUUUGUGUGUGUGUAUUUCUGUGUGUACUUGUGAACAUGUUGGAGGAGAAGAAGCCUCGUGGUGCUCAGCAACAAGGCCCGACGGCGAGGGGCCACCCAAAGACCCCGAGGAUCGGCGGCAGCACCCGAAAAGCGAACCACAUCUCGAACAGCCUGAACGCCAUCAGUCCUGCACGCCGGUGAGGCCACAAGUCUGUGUCUUUACUUUGCUUUUCGAGCACUGUGCCCCUUCCCCUGCUCCAGGGCCCUUAACAAGCCCUCUAAUUGGAGGGCUCUCAGGGUGCUCGCUUCUGAUUGGUCAGCAAGCUGCCUCCUUACGGCUGGCCCAACUGAAAGCCCAGCUGGCACUGAUGCAGAUAAACAACGCUCUUGCUGUUGGCAGCCGAGCCACACCCUUUAAAGCCAACUCCACCACACCUGCUCCCUACAUACCUGCAACACCGCCCUCCCCUACUGCUGCUGCUAUCAAUCUGCUUAACCUUCUGAAGAUUGCAAACACCAUGUCCCAUCCCCGGUACAACCCCUAUGCCUCUGGGAACCAAAGUUCUACGCAGGGGCAAUAUGGAUUCUCCAGUUCUCAAGCAGAAAGGGACCCUCGGAGGGCAGCUUCUCGUCUUGGACCUGGGUCUAGCUCCUCUGUGAUUCCUGACAACUCAAAGGGAAUGUUACCAUCACUGAUGUCCCAGUCACUGAACUACAGGCCUGAACAUAGUAGGGCCACAGUGGAUGAGGAUAUAGAAAGGUCUGUAGAAUUGCAUAUUAGCAGAGCCAGAGAGGGGGUGAGCUUUCUUGGAAAACAGAUGGAUGAGUUUCGCUCUUCAGGAACAGGAACUGGCUCCUAUCCAAUGUCCUCAAGUUCUGCCUCUAUGGGACAUAGACACUCGGAAGUUGAAGGUGGCAGUAACUCCUUGGAUUGGUCGCUGAACCGCAAUAGGUCCACUGCUGACGACUCUCAGUUUUAUUCAUCAUCUGCUUCGUCUAAAUAUGCAAGCGAUAGUGACGGUAGGUUUAAUGCCCCCAGUGAAAGAGAACCUGAAAUUCAGUCCAUUCCAGGGUUAGAUGAUUGUGACUAUCCAGCGCCAGACAAACCUGCAGCUCCUGCAGACUCCAGUCGACCUAAGUACACCUCUCAAUCAGCUGCUAACAUCCUUAUGCAUUUUGGACUUGAGAAAGAGGACUUGGAACAUCUCAUCUCCUAUCCUGAAGACCAGAUUACUCCUGCUAACCUGCCGUUCAUCUUGCGGCAAAUCCGCAUUCAGAAGGUCAAGAGAACUGCACCUGCAAGUCAGUCAAAACCCUACCCUGAACCCCAACCCACCAGAAGUGUGAGUGGAAUGGACAGUCACGGUUUCAGUACUUCUGGAGGGGCAGGAAUGCGCCAGGAAAAAAUAUCAUCAGCUGUUCUCCAGCCAAGUAAAGUGAUUGACUACGGCCAUACUGGGAAAUAUACCGGAGUGAUCGGGGAUGAGGUCAACAGUGCUGGCGGUGGAAGUAUGUCGAUCAUGGACACUUAUGAUAGUAGCAGACACAGUCAAGAACCGCUGCAAAAACAUACAACAGAGUUAAAAAGCGGUGUCUUGGGUUCUUCACGCGAGCAGGCAAGUUCUGUUACCGGUCUCAGCUCUUCGUACAGGUCAGUACUGAACCCUGUGGGUCCCCCAAGCCACGAUCAGACCAAACAAUUGCAGGCUCAAUCACAGCAGACCUCCCAAACAAUCCUCAGCUCUUUCUCUGUGCCGAAGAAAGACACAGACAUCAGAGGUCUCAAGUCGGAACCGUCCAAACCUGUAACUUUGAAAGAACCACAGGCAGAUAGCCAGUCCACGUCGAAAAGCCAACCGUCCUGCACUCUGGUGCGUGGAGUGCAUCCCAGCCGACCCGGCCUUGUGCUCAUUGACAGUAAAAAAAACAAUGGCGCUAAGGGUCAGAGUAAAACUCAAGGUCAAGCGUCAACAGUUACUGAGCAGAUGAAAACGCAGCAGAUCCAGCCGAAGCAGCCUAUGGAGCGACAACUGAAGCAGCAGAUGCAGCUGCAGACACAGAAGCAACCGACACAGCAGAUGGGACAAUCGAUGUGGCCUCCUGUUUAUUCUUCUGCGACCCCAGUUCCCUCUGCUCCUCUUAUCCCCAACAUCAUCGACGCCUCCCGGGUGCUGUCACGUUCGAUGUUUGUCCCUCGUCCCAUGAUUUUUCCUCCAGCUGUGCCUCCGCUUCUCCCGGCCCUGAUGAACUUAAAUCAGAUGACCCUGGGGACUUCCAGCAAGCCGCCUCCUGAAAAGGUGGCGCCCUCUAAGGGUCUGCCCACACCGGCCAUGAUGCAUGACUAUGCAGCGGCCUCCCCAAGAAUCUUUCCACAUACCUGUUCUCUGUGUAACAAAGAAUGUACUCAUAUGAAGGACUGGAUCUCCCACCAGAACACCAACAUUCACCUUGAGAAAUGCAAACUCCUGCGAAGACAAUACCCAGAGUGGGAUGGCGAGAUAAAACUCGAGCCCAGAGAUGCAGCUAAAGAUGCCAAGUCCUCAGCCUCAACCUCUUCAAAGAUUUCACAGCAUAGUAACCAGAAAACAAAGCACGGAAGUCGCUCCCGCUCCGGUUCGUUGAGCCCCCGUCGCCGCCAUGGCUCAGAAAGUAGACGGGAUCGAUCACCAUAUAGUUGCAGAUACACUCGCAGGUCUCGUUCUCGUUCCCCAUGGCAUGAGCACCCGAGCUCCUCCCACCAUCGGCCUCUUUCAAGGAGUUCCAAGAGGCGACUGCCACCGAGGAGGAGCCGUGAGAAACCACCGCCACCGAGGAGGAGCCAUGAGAAACCACCACCGCCGAGGAGGAGCCAUGAGCAAUUGUGUACAGGGAGAACAUCCCCGAAACGAAAGAGGUCAAACAGUGCAGAGAGGCUGGCUAACAAACUACUGGGAACAUCAGCUGUCCAUGAUCUGUCAAAACAGUCUGACCUGGAGGCUGUGGUUAAAACUCUGGCUCCUGCCUUACUGGCUGAGCUUGCCAAGAUGAAGUCAUCCUCCUCUUCUACACCAAAGAAGGACUUGACUUCAGGGCCCUCUAAAGCAAAGCCCAGCCUGCAGAAAACCAAGGAGACUAAGGAGGGGAAGAAACCUCCUCAGAACCUGAAGAGUUUUAAACAGCGACUGCAAGAUGAUGGCGAGAUCACAAUAAAGUUGGACCCGCCCACCUUCACAGUUAAAACUCAGCCUCCAGCAGUGUCACAUCAGAGCCGGCCUCCUCCGUCUGAACCUUCAGAUGAUAGGUCACAGCCUGCUGUGCAAACCAGUGGCCCUGGUGGGUCCACCCCGUCUCAGUCCAGCACAGCAGGACCAGGUGCCGCUGCCUGUGAAGAUGUAGAGAAAGCAAACGAGGGAGAGGCGUCAGCAACAAGUUCGAUCUCUGCUGCUGACGUGACGUCCACCUCUGUAGUCAGCGAUGGAGUGACGAGCCCGGCUUGUUUCAGCCCUGCCCCCUCAGCCACGCCUGAAAACGUUUCAGGACUUCUGCAGAUCAACGAGGACAUUUUCAGGGUCAUCACAGCAGCCGUUCGCCAGCACAGACUCACCCAACAGAGCAGGUCCCACAGUGAGGAGAAAGCGAGUCCCAGCAGACGCAACACAAGCUCUAGAACUGUACCAGCUGAAGACACUUCUGAAAGAACGGAUCAGGAUGAUUUCACAAAUGACGAUGCUUCUUCAUCCGCCUGCCUUAUUGAGGAGCAGAAUUUCAAUUUCGACGACUUUGUCACUGUUGAUGAGGUUGGCGAUGACGACACAAGCCGAGAGCCUGUUAGUUCCUCCUCUUCCUCCUCCCAAGCGAGAAGUGAGAGGCGGAGCUCAGGUGUGUCGUCUCCUGGCAGACAGACUUCGAUGAGGUCUUUGAAAACUUCUAAGAGCUCAUCCUCUUCUUCAUCCUCAUCCAAGUCCACUAAAGACACAUCUAACUCAAGCUUGUCACCAAAGAAAUCACCUGAUUCGUCUACGUUGUCAAGUGACGGCCAGCAGGUCCAGAAAACAGAGGUGGACGCAGCGAGCCAAGCCGACAUCAGUGCUGCCUCUGCUGGGCAGGAGCUGCACCCUCUGAACCAGACACCAGAAGGAGGUGUGGAGCAGGGACAGGAGGAGAAGGAAAGAUGGAGCAGGGCGGACAUGAAAGUGGUGAGUAAACGGAGGGCGGAGCUCGUCGGACCUGAAGCAAAACGAUCUCGUUCUCAGUCUCCUUGUGCCGCCGCCGACUUCACACUGCCUGCAUUCAAACCCAACAACCCCCUCGGUCAGGAGUUCGUGGUCCCCAAAUCAGGUUAUUUCUGUAAUCUGUGCUGUGUUUUCUACCUGGACGAGACCAACGCCAAGGAGCUGCACUGUGGCAGUCGGAGGCACUACGACAAUCUGCAGAAAAUUUAUCAGAAGCUUGAACAGAAACCAUCAAGAAGUUCAACAUCGAGCUCUCAAGACUCAAGACUUUCUGACUGAUUGUGACUUCAUCUCCACUUUUUCCCACUAUGCAAAAGUGAGGCCAAAAUAUCCCUGAUACAAGUGCCGCCAUCUCGUUCUGGUGAUAUCAUUUGGAGCCAGAGCCUUUGCAGUAGUGA